AUGUCUACUGCAAAGCCAACACUUAAUUACAUUCUACCGAAAGAUGGUGCAUUAAUUCAGGAAGAUGUGCCCACAAUGAUACUAUGCAAGCCAAAAAUACUUCCACUAAAGUCCGUAACUCUUGAAAAGUUAGAGAAAAUGCAAUCAGAGGCGGAAAAGCAGGCAAAGCAA